AUGCUGUUCUCUACCAAAGCUGUCGCGGCACUAAGCCUUCUGGCUGCCACCGUCUCUUCCUCCCCUGCUGUCUCCCCACGGGCAGUGGCUGCACCGGUGUACGAUGAAGAAGUUGCCCCAGCUCUGGCCGAGUAUCCGCUGCCAGCCAUUUUGACUCUUGAUAUGAUUCCAGCUAUCAGACAACAAGAGACUGCCGAGUACAACGCCGAAACAGUGCUAGGCGGCCAGCCGUUCACUCACGUUGAGCAUGCCGUUCCCAGUUACCAGGGAUACAACAUGACGGUUUCCGUCAUAACUCCCGACAAUAUUCCGGCAGGUUCUUCGCGCCCAUGGGUCUACUAUAUCCAUGGGGGUGGUCUCAUUCUCGGCAACCGCUUCUACCUGAUUGCCGCUGGCUUUGAGCUCGCGCAUAGUCUCGGCUUGGUUAUUGUCACGGCCGAGUACCGUCUUGCUCCAGAGCAUCCUGCCCCGGCUGCUAUCGAGGAUGUUUACGCUGGGCUUGUCUGGGCUGCGAACAAUGCGCAGUCUUUGGGCCUAGAUCCUAGCAAGGCAUUGGUUUGGGGAUCAAGUUCUGGCGGCGGUCUGGCUGCCGCUCUCGGACUGAUGGUGCGUGAUCGCAAGCCAACCGACAAGCUUACACUCAAGGGGCUCAUGCUGCAUUACCCCAUGCUUGACAACAGUAUUUCGGCGUCGGAGCAGGCCAUUUUCAGUGGCAAUGCUGCACCAGCCUGGUCCUCUGAAACAGAUCAAAUGGCAUGGAAGGCCUACCUCGGCGACAAGCCCGGCGACAAGGCCAAGAACCCAUACUAUGUGCCCGCACGAGCCAAGAACCUCGCCAACCUUCCUCCCGUCUUCAUCGACACCGGAAGUGCUGAGCUGUUCAGAUCACCCGUUGCCAAAUUUACUCAGGGCUUGUGGGAGGCUGGUAACUUGGUCGAGUCCCAUGUCAGUGCUGGGGCGUUCCACGGCUCCGACGUUAUGGUGCCAACUGCUCGCGUGUCUCAAAGGGCCUGGAGUGCCCGCUAUCUUUGGAUUACCGACAAGCUUACUGCCUAA